GAUGUUAAAAAUAAAGUUAGCAUCAUGUCCUACUUCAGAAGAAACGAAGGAACCAUUGUGUUUGCGUUUGCGAGUUUAGCGUUCAUAGCGUUUUACUGCAUCAAUUAUUUUUUCCGGCGAUGCAGAAAUCGAGACGUUGCUUUGGCCGCAGGGGACACCGAGGAGGCUGUAUCUAGUCCAAAUCGGCCACCGCGUGGGCUUGACGCUAAGGGCAUCGAGUCGUUACCCUCGUUCAUUUACACAGAAGCUAAUGGGAUUGGGCCAGGACAAGGCGAGCUAGUAUGUGCGGUUUGUCUGAACGCAUACAAAGAGGACGAAAUGCUGCGUCUAGUACUACCUUGCGGACAUGUUUUUCAUGUUGACUGUGUGGACAUAUGGCUCUCUCAUUGCUCCACGUGUCCUAUUUGUCGUGCUGAUGUAACUCUUGAUCCAGUCUAUUAGCCUUUGACUUUGUAUUUUUUUCCCACUAUUGGCUUUGUGAAUAAAUUUUUAUCUGUACUAUUAA